CAACCGUAAUUUUGUGGGGUUUCCCUCUGCAUUUUUUCUUUCAUCUGAAGAAAAGAGCGCGCUGAACCUGAGCGUAGGAAAGAGUCGUCAGAUAAAAAGUCACUCUUCAUUCGAUUCUCGUCAAGUGCUGAAUAAUAAAAGGUUUAAAAAGAAGCUUGACCGAAUUUCCUAUUCACGGACCACUGUCCUCUUUCUGGUGACGCUGAUAAUUCAAUUGGGGCUCGUCGAGUUCUUUCAAUUAAAACUUGAUGCUCGAGAUGCCGAGGUCAUUAGUCGCCUGAAAUUUUAUAAUGGGUCACACUCUAAUUGUGCCGAGAAAUAUUUCAACGUAGAUGGUUUCUCAAUGUUAUCGAAAGAGAUAUUCCUUUUUAUCUAUUUUCAGAUAUUUAUACUUUGGUUAGGUUAUAAUGCGAUCUCCAACCACCACACGGAUCAGGCCAAAGUUGUUGCAUCCUUGAACGCUUCUGGUGCUUUUUACGGAUUUGUCCGAGUAAUCGAGGUCAAACCAAUAAUUGAUCGAUAUAAUGCAAAUUGCGGUCAAUAUGGAAAACUUGAUGCUGACUAUCUAUCCAAUGAUGUUCCCAAUAUCGUCGUGACAUUAAUACUGGCCUGUUGGUUGGGAUAUUUAACAAAAUUGUUGAGUAAUGAGUUGGGUGGAAGGAUUUAUCAGAAAAUUGGAUCCGACAAAAGAAUGCGAGAAAUGUUUAAAACCAGAUUAACGCUUAUUAUGUUAUUGAAAAUCAACAUGUUCUAUCUCGGAUUUAUGUUAAUUCUCGUGUUUAUAUUGUUUCCAACCUUCUUUGCAAUUUCCCAUAUGCUUGUUACCUUGGUCGCCCUCGGAAUGAUUCCGAAAGAAAAUGUGAAAACUAUGCGAUACUUUAUCAUGGCCUGGACAUGUGUUAUAAUUGAUUGGAUCGCGAUAUGGAUUUUAUCUCUUUCCUUCGCCACUUCUGGAUCUUACUUCAUACUAUUCUUUGCUUCUCAAUAUAUCUUCUACGGAAUCAUGACCAUUUUGUAUGCAAUCAGAGUGAUAAAAACUUUUGACAAAGGAAUGAAAGAAUACGCCGGCCAAGAGAUCCAAAAUCGCAAGCUGGAAUCGUUCGUGCCGAUUAUAAGGGUCGUCGAUUAUGGUGUAACAAAUUUGGAAAUACCUCCUCCUGUUGUUAUAAAAUCAUGA